AUGGCAUCUUCCAUCGAAGCCGGAGGGUCGUGUACAAAUGAUCAAAGAGGUCAAAAUCUAGGCGACGAGAUUAUUCAAGGCAAAACAAAAAAAUGGAAAACCAUUACACAUGGAUCCUCAAGUGAACAAUGCUCGCAGUCGGUUCCCUUGGUGCAUUCCGUGUCGGAAAUAAUGGCACUAUUACGUCUUCCAAAGGAAAAUACUCCCCCACGUCGUGAUCCGGUGGAACCGCCUCCGCCAAUGAUCGAGUCAUCCUUGUACUCGAUUAUGUCGGACUAUGAGGACCAGGAGUAUUUCCAUUGUAUGAUGAGUGAGUAG